UUCUGUCUUUCUUCAUCCUCCUCUCCUCUCCUUCAUCCUCCUCUCCUCCUUUCUCCUCUCCUCCUCUCCUUCAUCACUCCGAGCUGACACCAUGCUGCUGUUUAUUUCAUCACAGGCUUCAAAGGAGUUCAUAAUGUUCUCAGGUUUCCAUUGCUGUCGGCGGUGGCAGUCGGCCGUGUAAAUGUUUCACGUCUUGAUGCACGAGCUGUUCCUUCCUACACCGCUCAAAAAUCUGCGAUGAUCUAAUGAUCGGGGACCUUUAGUUAUUAUUAUUAUAGGAGUCUGGAGGAGGGAGGGGGCAGCUGGUAUCAUUACACAAAUGUGCUUUAAUAAGUCAUGUUCUCCUUUUUAAUAAGAAGGUUGGCUCUAUUUGUACGCUUUUUUUAAAGAAUGAGAGGGAACUUUUGCUCUCUUGUUGCCCCUGAGAGAGAGAUGAUAGACACUGAUUAAUACAGAGCAGCUGCCUGAUUUGGAUUCUUCUCACUCAUCAUAAAACUCCACAGCUGCUUACUGAUUCUACUUGCCUCAGGACAGGUUCUACUAGUGGUGCACGAUCUGAGAUUCAUAAUCAAUCAAUCAUGACGGGACAAUAUGCAGGGAGUCUACACUUCCUUGCCGCUGAGGUGGAGGUCAGAGCAGGCCGUGCAUGAAUGAGGAUGGCGGUGGUUGUGGGGGCGACACAGUCUGAUGGUGGGGGCUGGGUGCAGUGCCCCAUCACUUCGCUGAAGGUUGGGGGAGCUCCGUCUAUACUCGAGAGCCUGGCUUCUGCUGCCGGGACGAGGCCUCCUGAGCUUCUAACACACUGACACAGUAUUUUUUUUUAUGCUUUUCAUGGUAACGUUAGGAUACUGCAGUAUUACAGCAGUACAGGUUAAAAACAAGGAGAAAAGGACUAACCCAAAAAGUGAGUAAAGUAAGACAUAAUGCCUAAUGCUACAUGACAUUGUGCUGUCAUGGUUACAGAGAAGUCGCAAAGUGCUGUCCCGUUGGUAUUAAACCACAGCAGCCUCGUGCACAAAAUCACUUUCCAGGUGACGUCGAUUAAGUCUGUAAGGGCUCAGGGUUUGGGGAGGAAAUCGAGAUUUAGCCCAACACACUGAUGAUCACUGAGACUAUAUCUCAAUCUUUGAAUGAGAGUCCUGACUGACUUACAGGUCUUUUGAAAUACCGUGCCUUGGACUAUAAAGACACCAAACUGGCUCUGGUACAGAUGGGUUUGAGGUCUACACGGGAAAGACAAAGUCUCAGUCACAUAUUUUGAUCAGGAUGUUACAGUCUGUUUACAUACGUUUCUGCAUUUGGAAUACACAUUUUUGUGCUAAUAAAACAACUGAUCCAUGUAAUCUGAAGAUUUGUCCACCCCACACUCUCUCUCUCUCUCUCUUUGUGUUUGUCUCUCUGUUUCUGCCUCACUGACCUGCCUGCAUGGGUUUCCAGCCCGGUGAUGGAAGUGCCCACAGACAGUCCUCUGUCGGAGGAGCAGGCCAGGUUGUACUUCAGAGACGUCAUCCUUGGCAUAGAGUACUUGCACUACCAGAAGAUCGUCCACAGGGACAUCAAACCUUCGAACUUGUUACUGGGGGACGAUGGUCAUGUGAAAAUAGCAGACUUCGGGGUCAGCAACCAGUUUGAGGGCAACGAUGCGCUGCUGUCCGGCACUGCUGGCACUCCUGCCUUUAUGGCACCAGAGACGCUGUCAGACACACGGAAGAGCUUCAGUGGGAAGGCACUGGACGUGUGGGCCAUGGGAGUUACUCUCUACUGCUUCGUCUUUGGGAAGUGCCCGUUUAUUGAUGAGUACAUACUGGCUUUGCACAAUAAGAUAAGGACCAAGCUUGUGGAUUUCCCAGAAACGUAAGUCUGACUCCUGCGUCCUCCCUCCUC